AAGACCCUAAAGCUAAACGAAAGGACAGCAGUGAAAAGGCAACCGACGAUUAUCACUACGAACGAUUCAAAAAACAAUUCAGAAGAUUCUAGGCUGUUCCUCGCACAUGUUAAAUAAUUCGAUGUUUCUCAGUAAUUUACCUUCAUCGUUCCCACUGAUCUCUCAAUAUUUAUCGUUCAAUAUGGAGCUCAACUGGCUUCUCUGCAACAAAUGCUUCAUUCACCUGACAGAAUCAAAGUCUCCAUUUUCUAUGACUCAGUGUGGUCAUCUGUUCUGCAGGAAAUGCAUCUCCAAAGUUGGAGAUCAGUGUCCAGUCUGCAACAGAAAUGGCGUCGAGUCCAUUUGUCUCACAACACCCCUUCCACCAGUAAUCGUCCCCAUGUUCGAGGAUAUCGUCUCCUUGGCAGAGAGAUUGGCAUUGGCAGCAAAAUUCCAGAAGUAUCAACUGAAUAUUCUAGUCUAUCGUGAGGAGGACUUGGCAAAAAAAUACUCAGCACUCAAGACUGCGUACUGGCAGGUGACCAAACAGUUGGAGAAGUUGAAUGAGGCGUAUAACACUGUAAAGAAGGACUACACCGACAUGAUUGCCCGGAGCAAAGCUCCAAGUCAAACCUUCUUCAAGGAAGCUUCAAGGAAUGCUCGAGUGACAUUUGCCAAGCAGAAUUUGGUAUUCGGAAAUAAUCAAUCAGAUUCUCGCAACAUGUAUCGUCCGACUUCUGGCAACGAGUCUGAGGACUCAAACGUCUCAGGCUCAACAAUUCGAGGGCUGCGCAUCCCCAGAACCCCUGAUGGUGUUUUCCUCAUACCCACAGCAACGAGGAUUCCCAGAUCGGCAGGCCUCCCCACGCCAAUGUCACUGGAUUACGACCAGAAUGGCAGAGGAUAUGGCAGUGAUACGUCUGCCUACUCUCGCCGUUGAGAGAGUAAAAA